AUGGACGAUAUCAAGAAACAGCUGAAGAACGUUUCGCUGUAUGACGUGAAGGCGUACGUGCGUAAGGCUCAGAACGUUGUGUAUAACUACACCGAGAUGGAGGCCCUUGUGCGUGAGGCCACCAACAACGAGCCAUGGGGUGCCUCCUCCACGCUGAUGCAGAAGAUAGCUGCUGGUACUUAUAACUUCAGAGAGCGUGAGGAGAUCAUUGGGAUGGUGUUUAGACGUUUCACGGAGAAGAGUGCCAACGAAUGGCGUCAGAUCUAUAAGGCUCUGCAGUUGCUGGAGUACCUCUUGAAGAACGGUUCCGAGAGGUUUGUCGAUGACGCAAGGGCCAACCUCAGCCUGAUCACCAUGCUUCGUUCUUUCCACUACAUCGACUCACAAGGCAGAGACCAAGGUAUCAACGUUAGAACCAAGGCCAAGAACCUCGUGGAGCUGUUGAACAACGACUCUGCUUUGAGAGCUGAACGUAAGAAGAGUAGAGACAAUGCAAAGAAGUUCCAAGGUGUU